AUGCAACCAAGUCGAAUCGAUCUAUUGAAGAUUGCACAGGUUCAAGAUGUUCAGUUGGACAGAGGCAAGGAAACCUUUGUGGGUACUUUACAUUUGACGAUUCAUCACCUGAUAUUCAGUUAUUCAGAAGAUGAGUUAUGGAUUCCUUAUCCUAUUAUUCAUACAGUGGAAAGACAGCCACCUUCAUUACAAACAGGACGUCAUCCACUUUCUAUCAAAUGUCGAGAUUUUAUGAUGCUGACAUUAUCUCUCUUGAAAGAAGGAGAAGCACAAGAUGUGUUUGAUAGUAUUCAGAAAUUGGCAUGUGUCAAUUCUAUAGAGCAAUUGUAUGCCUAUGCUUAUCAACCACGAAUACCAUUUACAUCCACCAAUGGCUGGAACAUCUAUGAUCCUCUUAAAGAAUAUGAACGUAUGGGUGUUGAUGUAAAGACAGAUACAUGGCGAUUUACGUUGAUCAACAGAGACUAUAAAUAUUCACCUACCUAUCCUCGUCUGUUGGUUGUGCCAUCCAAAAUCAGUGAUAAUACAUUAAAUUAUGCUGCUAAAUACCGUAGUAAAGCCAGAAUACCUGCUUUAUCUUAUAUGCACUGGCAUAAUUCAGCUACUAUCACGCGAAGUAGUCAACCUCUCGUUGGAUUCAAACAAGCCAGAUCAAUUCAAGAUGAGAAACUGAUAGAAGCUAUCUUCUCAACCAAUGUGCCUACAGGUCCAAACGGUGAAACACUGUAUGGUUCAACUGCAGCCAAUUUGAUUAUUGAUGCAAGACCCAUGGCCAAUGCAGUAGGUAAUGUGGCAAGAGGAGCAGGCACUGAGAACAUGGACCAUUAUCGCAACUGUAAAAAGAUUUAUGUGGCCAUUGAUAAUAUCCAUGUGAUGCGAGACAGUUUAGCCAAACUCAGUGAGGCCAUGCAAGGCAUUGAUGCUGCGGGUGGACAGAUCAAUAAGACAGCAUUACAGAGAUCAGGCUGGUUAAAGCAUAUUGCGAUGGUGAUCGAUGGCACCAUGACCAUUGUGAAAAACCUCCAUGUCUUUAAUUCGCAUGUCUUGGUCCAUUGUUCAGAUGGUUGGGAUCGUACUUCUCAACUCGUCUCUCUCAGUGAACUUUGUCUUGAUCCUUAUUAUCGUACAUUUGAAGGAUUUCAAAUCUUGAUCGAAAAAGACUGGGUUUCUUUUGGCCAUAAAUUUGAGGAUCGAUGUGGCCACUUGUCCAAUGAAAAAUACUUUGUGAACCUGUCUACCAAUACCAUCAAAGACAUGCAGAACAAAUUCUACAAGAGUUAUCAACGAGAAACAAGCCCUGUAUUUCACCAAUUCCUUGACUGUAUAUACCAAUUGCUGCAUUUGUAUCCUACACGGUUUGAAUUCAAUGAAGCCAUGUUGAUGGAUCUUCAUUACCAUGUCUAUUCAUGCCAGUUUGGUACCUUUUUAUUCAAUUCAGAGUCCGAAAGAACCAGUCAUCAACCACAAGACAAGACAUACAGUAUUUGGGAUUACUUUAAUUCCGACAAACAGAGGUUUGUCAAUCAUUUGUAUGAUCCAAUGAAAGAUAAGGACCUUGUGGAUGAUGGCGGUGUUUUAAUGCCAGAUGCCUCUAAAGUCAAAUAUUGGGCUACUCUAUUUAAGCGAGAGGAUGAUGAAGUUAAUGAUACAAUUGGAUAUGGUGACAUGGAAUAA